UGACCUUUGAGACUAGCACACAGAGAGACAGAUCCCACACAGUCCAGUCCGUGGGGAGCAGAAUGGCCACAGUUUUGACUCAGGACGCGGUGUUACACUACCUGCAGGUCAACGGAGGCUCGGUGAAGAACUCCGAUCUGCUUCUGCACUUCAAAAACUUCAUCAGGGACCAUGCAGACCGGACCCGCAACCGUGAGCUUUUUAAGAAAUUUGUCAACUCCGUGGCCACAGUUAAACAGAUCGACGGCGUCUCUUACGUCGUUCUCAGGAAGAAAUUCAAAGGAUAUGUCCCCGGCAGCGGUCAGGGAGGCUCCACCGAUCCUACCGGGAGGAGCACAGAGCCCUCCCCGGAGGGCGCCAGGCGGAGCCCGGCUUGGAGCACAGAGAAGCCCCGGCAGAGAGAGGUGGCAGCUCCCGGUCCGCCGGGAGUCACCGCGGGGAACACAGUCCUACCUGCUGCUGGGAUCAUGAUCAACAACAACAACAACAAGGUGGAGACUAAUCUUAACCUGAAACAGCAGCAGGUAACCAGCACACCUGAACUUUCUAGUAGAGCAGCAGCAGCUCAGGUGGUGAGUCAGAUCUCACAGACCCCCAGUCUGUCUGAGCCUCCAGCCCCAGAUCAGUGCACCAAAGUGGGACAGCACAGGGUGGGCUCUGGCCCGCCUCCUGGGGUCACACCUCUGGUCAAACCUGGGGUCACACCUGUCGUCAAACCUCUGGUCACACCUGUGGUUAAACCUGUGGUCACACCAGGGGUCACACCUGGGGUCACACCUCUGGUCACACCUGUUGUCAAACCUCUGGUCACACCUGUGGUCACACCUGGGGUCAAACCUGGGGUCACACCUGGGGUCACACCUCUGGUCACACCUGUUGUCAAACCUCUGGUCACACCUGUGGUCACACCUGGGGUCAAACCUGGGGUCACACCUGGGGUCACACCUCUGGUCACACCUGUUGUCAAACCUCUGGUCACACCUGUGGUUAAACCUGUGGUCACACCUGGGGUCAAACCUGGGGUCACACCUGGGGUCAAACCUGGGGUCACUGCAGUCAGACACCAUGGAGAAACCAGCCAGCAGGCCCCAGUCCCAGAAACCAUCAGAGGGAGGGAGGUCAGUUUUCAGCCUGAGCGGGGGCUUCAUCAGGAGCCUCCUCUUCAUCAAGUCAAUCUUCAACCACAGGGAGCCGCACGCCGCAUGAGACACAGGAAGAGCUACAAAUCUGCUGUCUCUUAUGAUGACGAUGAGGAGGAGCAGGAGGAGAACCAGAUGAGUUCAGGUUCAGCAGGAGGAUCAUCCUCCGUCUCUUCGCCGUGCAUCGCUGACCCACCUGUUCCCCCCUCUGUCGUCUCGUCCUCCUCCUCCUCUUCAUCAGAAAGGAAGCUCCCAAAGAUUUACAUCCAGGAUGUGGACGAGGAACCCCUCGGUGGCCAAGGCUGGAGCUCGGAGUCAGGGAUGAGGACGAGAGGACAGUGGGGGGGCCCCGGGCCGGAACCUGUGACUGAUCCCCUGGAGUCGUUCACCACCAGACGGAGCCUACCUUUAGAGGCAGAGCGCUACGUGCCGUCUCCAGGCCCAGCUACAGAGGUGGUUCCUCACCAAGAUGUCCACAAAGACCGUCGAUACUCCCAGCCAGCAGGUGUCCAGCUGGAGCCCAGGCAGGGGCCGAGUCAGAGCCAAGCGGUGUCUCCGUCAUACAGCCAGAGCAGCAUCUUUGGCCCCUCAUCUGAUUCUGGCCACCCCAGCAGCGACUGGCCGCCAUCGGGGUCAUCCAGAGGAUCGGGGUGGAACAGGAGCCUUGAAGAUCUGCACACCAGAGCAGGUGAGACUGGGAGGGGGUCUACAAUCCAGGGAGCCCUCCAGAGAGCCCAGGGGAAAAGGUUGGAGUCUGAGGCGCUGCAUGCCAAAACGGCGCCUUGGCAUCAUUCUACGGGCCAUCUCCUUGACGACCAGGAGCCCACAUCUCGCUUGUCGCCAUUCCAUCACUCCACUGACCAUCUCCACGACGACCACAGCUCUACAACCCGUGGGCCGGGAUGGCACCUCUCCACAGGCGAUCUCUACGACGACCAAGAGGACGCAGAGUCAAGCGAUGGCUCCACCUCCUCUCCGCCGCUAAGGCCACGCCCAUCGGUCGCCAGGAGGCUCAGCAGCAAGCUGAGGAGCAGGAUGUGCCGCAGCCUGGGAGCCGAUCUGGACCAGCUCCUCCAGGAGGAGGAGAGGGCAACUGGAGGAAGUGAGGCGGCACGACUGAACCGCCUCCACAUGAUCUCCUCGUCGCUCAGCCUACGCUACAACCUGUCGUCUUCCUCGCUGUCGUCCUGCUCCACGCCACCUCGCAGCCACAGCUUCUCCAACCUGAUCGAGGGGGUUGAGGGGGGAGAAGGAAGGAGAAGCUCUCAUACUGCUGCCACCUCCACUGCCCCACAGGAACGCCCCAGUAAGCAGACGUUUCCUAUGGAGUCCAGGGAGCAUGACUGGCUGGUGAAGGGGGCUGCUGGGGCCUGGCCUGACAUCUACACCCUGUUCAGAGAGGACCCGUCCCUGCUCAACAGACAAGACUUCAUCUCUGGCUUCACUGUGCUGCACUGGAUCGCCAAACACGGAGACCACAGAGUUCUCAACACCUUAUGGUAUGGAGUCCAGAAGGCUGGUCUGACCUUCGACAUGAAUGCUCAGUCAGCAUGCGGCUACACACCUCUGCAUAUUGCAGCCAUCCACGGUCACAAGAACAUCAUGAAGCUGCUGGUUAACAAGUUUGAUGCGGACGUGAAGCUGAGGGAUGCGGCGGGGAAGAAGCCCUGGCAGUACCUGAGCCGCACCACGCCACCGGAAGUCUUCCAGAUGCUGGGAGCUCCUGCGCGGCACGCUUUAGGAGGAAAGGAAGGAGCCGGGACAGAGGAGUCUAGCUGGGAACAGCGCCAGCCGCAGCGGCGCCGUAAGCGCCAUCACCUCUCCUUCGCUUCCUCCGGAGAGAGACCGUUGACCAUCGCAGGGACCAUAAAGGUCAAAAGGUCUUCGUCUAUCGCUGCGCUCCUCAAACACAAAUCCAUGCGUCGGUUUCACAGAAAUCAGUCCGACUCCUUCCUUUAAGGCCUCAAACUGGUGGAUUAAGUUUGAUUUUAUUUGUUACUGACUGUUGUAACUGUUGGCUGGCUCGUUUCAUAAACACAACAAAGGUUUUAUCCUGAGUUGAGACUAACGCCGCCACAGCCGAGACCAGAAAGGCCGGUGAUAUUCCACCUUUGUUCACCGGCAGAUACCCUUCAGACACAUGUACAGAUUCUCGACUAAGGUGGCUCUCAUAUCUGACCCGGGAUCAGUAAGUCUGGUACUUCAGUUUGAGUUUUGAAAGCUGCCUCAUUGUCUGGUCGAAUCAAAGCAAACAUGUUAGAUGUGAAAGCUGGCACUGAUGGUCAGAUCAGGGUAUCAGGGUAUGUAACUUGUACUUAUUUACUGUUAUAUUCCAUCACAUAAAUAAAUGCACAUAAACACCUUAACAAUGACAUCGUUUUGUAUUUAGAACUUCUCCAUAGGGAUGUUAACCUAGAAUUUUUUCCUGACCUAUUAAUAGCCGACUUUCUGAUAACUGACAAAUUAAACAGGUGUCUGUCUGACUCUAUUAAAGUAAAUAUAAUAAUAAUAAUAAUAAUAAUAAUAAAACUCUUUAUCUGAUAUUAAUUGGUUUAAGAGCUCAUUAUCAGUUAAUGGUUAGACAGUUAAUUAUUAACAUCCUUAUUUUUUCAUGAUGUGAAAAGUUCACUAUACAAGCAACAUUUUUUUUCUUUCUUUACUGUAGUACAUCCAAUGAUGUAACUUGAUGUAAGAAUGAAUGCUUUUGUUCGUAGAUAUGACCUGGUCCCAAAUAUCUAGCUGUAACGCAUAAACUCUGCAUAAAAUGCCUAGAAAUGCUUAAAAUUAUCCAAUUUUACUCUGUUGAGACAUAUUGGAGCAUAAUUUGGCCAGAAAUUACUCCAGUAUUCUCAGCUUUCUCGAGAACUGCUCAUCCAGACUACUUCACACUCGGCACGUUGCUUCCUCUGGUUUUGUGCAUCCCCCUGCCAAUGCUGGAGUUUAGGCAUUUUUUAAAAAAUGACCUUUUUUUUUUGACAAAAAUCGACAUACUAUAGUAUGACUUUUUUUUUUGAGGGGUCAUUUUUGGACAUCCCAUAAUAUGGUGUUUUUUCAAUACUUUUUGACAAACUAUACUACUACAUGUAUCAACUGAGUAUAAUUGACCCAUUUCAAGCAUUUUUAGGCAUUUUAAAUCAAACAUUUAAAAAUCGACAUGACAUGAUAUAAUAUUCAACAUUACAUGACAUGACUUUUUUAAAGGGGGGUCGGUGUUUUUCUGUAAUUCAUGGCCAUAUUGUGCUCUAAUAUCUAUCAACAGACUAUAAUUGACCCAUUUAAAGCAUUUUUUAGCAUUUUAAAAUUUUACCAUUGACUGUGCCUAUUUUUUUGAGGGGGUCAUUUUAGGACAUCCCACAAUAUGUUUUUUUUUGUUGUUGUUGCUAUUUUUGGACAAACUACACUACCACAUGUAUCAACAGCCUUUAAUUGACCCAUUUGAAGCAUUUUUAGGCAUUUUAAAAUUUGACCAUUUUGGACAAAAACCAUCACACUUAACUUUGUCUAUUUGUGUCUGUAGAAUUCUUCAAAAUUCACCAAUAGUAAGCACGAGACAAUGUCUCAUUUGCAUAUGUAAACACAACAUUUCAGCAUUCAGUUUCACCAUAUAUAAAUGCCAAAGAAAAGUGUUAAACAAAGACUGCUGGAUCUGAGUCAUGGGAUCGCUUCAAGCUAGAGGAGAUUUGCAGGAACUUGCAGACUGGCAGAGCAGAUCUGUUUUCACAGUGAUUGUGUGAUGUCGUGACGGAACAAAAAAACAGCAGAAGCUGGAUGUUUUUACGAGCCGCAGGGAACAAGUGAGCUCCAGUUUCAGUCUGACGCUGUGAUUCAACAGCAGUCUGCAACAGAGAUUGUAGCACACGCCUGAUCUCUGGUGAAGUGUUCUUUACAUUCCAAACUGUUUCCAAACCAUCCAGCAGUUUUCAGAUAGAUUUUCUUCCUUCUUUGCAGCCUUUAGUUUGUUGCCUUUAUGAAAAUAAACUUGAAUUUCAGGAGGUAGUGAACAAAACUAACAAAACAGACACCUGUUCAAUCAACUCAAAUCACUGGAAUAGACACUAUUCUUUAGUGAAGCUUCACUUUCAGAGGGGUUUUAAUUUGUUGAUUUAAUAGGUAGUUGUUGUUUAUUACAAUGUGGGUCUUAUUUUGGUAGUUUUGUCCAUCAUUUCUGUCAGUAAUAACAUCCGAUCUGGGUAUGUGGUGACAUCACUGUAAAGAAAUCUGACAGGUCGGGAAACACGAGCAGUUAGAUGACCAGGCAUGUUCAAACUGAUUCAUAAAGAGUCUUGUGGGCCAACCCAUGUGAUCAGCUGACCUAAUUCUUCAAACGGUGAAUUAGUUAGUUAAUGAGUAGUCUUGCAACCAAACAGCCCUAAUCCCCAGGUUAGUCAAUCAUAUGAAAUGAUAAUCCGUAAGGAAACAUUUGUAAAUUACAGACCAGCUUAUGUAAAACUUAAACAGAAAGGAUAUAUCAUGUCAACUAGAAAGGCAUUUGUCACAAUAGCAAUUCUAAAUUUAAAAAAAAUCCUUCAAAUUGAACCUUUUUAAUUUCAGUUAUCUAAAUCAAAAGCAGGAUCUGUGAAAUAAAAACCUUAACCAUAUGGCAUUGGUGUGGUACAUUCCAGAAUAUUAUGGCACUCAGUAUCACACUUGAUACCAUUAGUUAUCAUCUUGUGAUAUUCUCAAGAGCUUUAAUGGAUUUCUUGACCCAGAAAAUUUAUAUUUUGACACCAAGAUUGACCUUCUAAGUGCCUUGGAAAAUGUAUUGGUUCUCAUAGACUUUAUAUGGGUGCCAUCUCCAAUCCACAAUAUUUCACAAGUGUUUUUUUGGUGAUCUUUAGAUGUAGAUUGUGUUACUUUUGGACAGAGCCAAACUAGCCGUUUUCCUGUUUCCAGCCUUUGUGCUAAGCUAAGCUAAGCUAAGCUAAACCAACCGUCUCUGAGCUAUAGUUUUUAUUUAUUGUACCGGUAUGAGUCAUGUCUGUCUUCUCAUCUAACACUAAAAAUUACCAAAAUAAACGUUUUCUUUUACUUGGUGGAUACUUAUUAGUGCUGAUAGAAAUGGUACCUUAAUUUCUAAGGCCAUGGUUUAUUGGACUGCACUUUAUACAUGAUGAUUUGUAGUAAAACACUCACCACAAGAAUAAACCUGGUGUGCUUUGCUUUGUAAGUGUUUGUUGUCUGAGGUCUACUGUAAUUUUUUUAAAUAUAUAUUUUUAAUUUGUACAAUAUUUUUCCCACCACUGGCCAAAGUUUAUACACUGAGUAUUAAAUAUGCUUCACAGUUGGAGCUAUUGUGUUUGUUGUGUUUUCAUUUUUAUCACACACUUUUACAGUUUCACUUGAUUGCUAUGGAGCCCGAAAAAGGACUAAAUGCAGAAAAAAGCUUCCAGACAAGUUAAACACUUUAAUUAAUAGGCCCAAUACAAUACAAUACUCCAUUAAUUAAUUAAUGAAAUAGAGUACAAAAACAUAACUUUAUAUCUAACUUUAACCUCUAAUCAGUUGGUUAAACUUCAUUCAUUCAUUAUCCUUAACCGUUUAUACGCAAUCGGCACGUGGGGGCAUUUUUGGACAUCUCGUAAUAUGGUAUUUUUCACUAUUUUUGGACAAAAUAUACUAUCACAUGUGUAAACAGACUGCAAUUGGCCCAUCUAAGGAUUUCUGAUCAUACUUUUAAAUAUCUGGGGGAAAAAACCUGAACACCAUUUUUAGGCAUUUCAAAACUUGACCUUUUUUGACAACGGUCGAAAACUUUUUUCAGUUUUUGGACAUUGCAUAAUAUAGUGUUUUUCUGUAAUUUUUGGCCAUAUU